GCCUACGACUUGUGGGACGAUGAGGAGCAUUACACCAUCACGGAGGACCGGCUGCGCGAGAUCCGGUCCGACAUGAUGUACCCCUUCAAGUAUCCGAACGACUACCAGAGGGACAUCAACGACCUGACGCCGCAAAUCGACAAGAAGCUCAACUUCCGGUUUCCCUACUACGGCUUUCUCUUCAACUACACCUGGGUAUCUCUGCACGGCUUCCUGGGCUUCUCGGUGCCGACCUCGGAGCCGCAGACGUACCCGCUGACGUUCCCGCAGCCGGACUGGCCGGUGAAGAACGACCCCUCCUUCAUCGGGCCCUUCUACAGCAAGUGUGUGAUGGGCGAGAUGGGCGGAGAGGAGACCGACACGCGACGCCCCGGCGUCUACUACAGGAUCGAGCGCGACCUGUACGAGCGGUACGACCAGUUCGGCGUGGAGCUGCGCGAGCGCGCCAAGUGGGACAUCCGAGAGGGCAUCGUGGGAGCUGAGGCGUUCACCCCCAAGCACAUCAUCAUCACCACCUGGAAGAACAUCUCGUUUAACGGCGGCAACGCAAACUCCCGCGCCAGGCGCGUGACGAACACACUCCAGCUGUUGGUGGUGACAGACGAGGUGCGGUCGUACGCGAUCUUCAACUACCUGCACAUGGGCUGGACGACGCACACGGAAGCGGGCGGUGACAUCAACGAGGGACAGGGCGGCAUUCCGGCCUACGUGGGCUUCAACGCUGGCAACGGCACCAGCGCGUACCCGUACAAGCCCUACUCUCAGACCAUGUACAUCCGAGACCUCAUCUCAACCGGCAUGGCCAACGGCUUCCCGGGCCGCCACGUCUUCCGCAUCGACGAGAAGAUCAUGGCCGGCAACUGCCGUCACGAGCUCUACGGCUCCAACCUGCCGCUGGUGUUCGCCCCGGAGCAGGGCAACAUGCUGGGCGGCAGCCUGGUCAACAUCUCGGGCCCCUGCUUCGGGCCCAACACCCUGGUCAAGUGCCGCUUCUACGACCGCGAGGUGGAGGGUGUGGUGCGCGACACCAACACGGCCUUCUGCGUGCAGCCGCGCCUCUUCGCCACCGGCUACGUGGACAUCGCCGUCUCACUCGACGGCGGACCCUACUACUGGAAGGGGCAGUACUACGUCGAGACGCCUCUGACGGCGCCUGAGGGCGUCAUGUUCGCCAACGACGACUACCAGCUGGCGGAGCCGGGAGCGCUGCGCCUUCAGUGGCUCUGGCACAACCUGACCAUGGACCAGAGCGCGCACGUCACCGUCAGCCUCUAUGGCUACCGCGAGACGACUAACACGCCCGAGCUGGUCUUUAUUGACACGAUAUUGGAGACCAACAACAGGGGCGUCAAGGACAUCGCUACCUCCGAUUACAUGGGCAAUGACAAUUGGGACUACCUAGACAUCGAAGUGGGCCUGCUGCAGAUUAAUCUGACCAGCCCAGGCACCUACCUAUCAGGCCUCAAGAGCUCUCCUACUCUGUGGAGCCGGCCGAUCCCGCUGGCCUGGUACUUCGGGCCGCAGUGGAGCCGAGUGUACGGCACGGAGUGGGCCUCCCGCGUUUGUAACCGCUGGAUCGAGAACGACCGCAACCUGAAGCACUUCGCCGGCGAGGUGAUCCGCUGCCCGUGCCGUAUCGAGCAGGCCGUGGCCAACAAGGGCCUGUACGUGCCGGACUUCUCCUGCGACCGGGACGGCAACACGGCCUGCAACGAGCACAAGGGCGCCAUCCACUGCGUCCGCGCCGGCAUGGUCAAUGCCGACGGUGCCGGCCAGCAAUGCUGCUACGACAUCGACGGCUACCUGAUGAUGACCUCGGAUAGCAUGUGGGGCGGCAACCCGCACCGCGCCCACAACCUUGGCAUGAGGCCCUUCUACGAAGCCAAUAAGAUGCCGUCGCUGUCGCACUGGUACCACGACGUGGCGCCCUUCUACUCGUGCUGCCGCUGGCAGGGCGAACAGAGCCAAGGCUGCAUCACGUACCGCUUCGAACGGCGAGCAUCGCAGGAUUGCGUCGGCUACCAGCCGCCGUCUGCCGCCACGGUGUUCGGGGACCCGCACAUAUACACUUUCGACGACACCCAGUACACGUUCAACGGCAAGGGCGAGUACGUGCUGACGCGCGUUAACACCAACCGCAACCAGCUGGACGUGCAGGGGCGGUUCGAGGAGGUGCCCGAUAAUGAACGCGGCGCCGUGCUGGCCACCCAGCUGACUGCCAUCGCAGCUCGGGACAACUUCUCUACGACGGUGGAAAUUCGUUUGCGUCCGACUGAAGCACAGUGGAGGUACAAGCUGAACGUGCUCGUCAACAACAAGUACCUCUACUUCGAUCGGUACCCGGAAAAGAUGCAAAUUUUCAGAGGCAUGCUGGUGUACGUGCCGACCUACAUCCACAACCAGUCGCAGGUGAUCGUGCUGUUCCAGUCGGGCGCCGGCGUGGAGGUGCUGGAGAACCAGGGCCAGAUGGCUGCCCGGCUCUACCUGCCGCUCUCCUUCAUGAACCAAACGAAAGGUCUGUUUGGAAACUGGUCCAAUGAUCCAUCGGACGACUUUGUGAUGCCGGACGGCUCCACGAUAUCCUUCGAUGUCAACAACAUGGAGCGCCUGUAUCAAGACUUUGGUCUCAAGUGGUUGCUGGAUGAUAAGGAAGACCCGUACAAAGGCGGCUCGCUGUUUUUCCAUGAGAACGGCAGGUCAUCCAGCAACUACUACGACCCCGGAUUCCUGCCCGUGUUUGAUAAGAUUCCGGACAUACCCGACAACAGCACACUGACGGCCGAUGAGGUGAAGCGGGUGUGCGGCGGCUCCUACCAGUGCGCCUACGACUUCAUCAUGUCCGAGAGGCGCGACGUGGCCGUCUUCUCCAAGUUCUAUCAGGACGACUUCGUCAACACCAAGUCACUCGGCCUGCAGACCAUCACCUCGUGCGGCGCGCUACCGACGCCGCAGAACGGCCGCAAGAACACGUUCGCCUUCACGCCCGGCACCAUGGUGAAGUUCGAGUGUGACCCGGGCUACAUUCUGGUGGGCGAGGCGCGACGCUGGUGCUACGCCUCGGGCGACUGGAGCUGGCCCGAGGACGGCGAGGUCAGCUGCAUCAGCGAGUCGCAGUACAAGACGAUGUACGUCGGCAUCCAGACGGGCAUCGUGUUCAGCCUGCUGAUCCCGAUCGUGGCGGCGCUUUGCUGCUUCGGUUGCAACGUGAAGAAUCAGGCCGAC